AUGUUGGUGGUAUCUUAUGUUCUAUGUUUCAGUUCAUUCCUUCAUCCGCUCUUGGCGAAUAAGGAAUUGCAUUUCCCGAGAUGGUUCAAGUUCGGUGCGGCCACGUCGUCGUAUCAGAUCGAAGGGUCCUGGAAUGUUAGUGACAAAACACCAAGUAUUUGGGACCAUUACACGCAUACACAGCCCCAUAGGAUCAAGGAUCACUCCAACGGAGAUGUUGCUUGUGACUCUUACAACCAGUACGAGAAGGACAUUGAGAUGGCCGAGCAGUUGGGACUUGAUUUUUAUAGGUUUUCUAUAUCCUGGCCAAGACUGUUGCCUGAGGGAUACCGCACUCGCAUCAGUUCAGACGGACGGCAAUACUACGACAAUUUGAUCAAUGGACUGCUAGACAGGGGGAUUGAACCUAUGGUCACUUUGUACCAUUCAGAUAUGCCGAAGAUAUUUCAAGAUUUGGGAGGCUGGGCCAAUCCUGAAAUGGCACAAUGGUUUGCCGAUUACGCGGACGUAGUAUUCUCUCUGUUCGGAGAUAGAGUGAAGCUUUGGAUCACGUUCAAUGAGCCUUUAGUUGCUUGUGAUAGCAGCUUACAAACUCUUGGCGUCGUCGAGCCAUUCUUGGCUCCAUAUUUGUGCACGAAGACUGUACUCAUGGCUCAUGCCAAAGCUUACCAUAAUUAUAAAGAUAACUAUAAGCCGAUGUAUCAAGGUAUUUCUUUGUUUACCCGAAGCUUUGCAUCCUUAUUGAUUGGCUUGUGCCUUAUUAGAGGAAAAUAUUUACAGAAAGAUAAGAGGCAUGUUUUAUUUUGUACAACGAUAAUAUCCGAGAGCUCCGCUCCGUUCGACGGCUCGAGCCAGAAUAUCAGAAUACCAGUAACGGUAUCUGAGAUCACGGGUCGGAAAUUCAUCGGGAACAGACAGACGCCGAUCCACGUGUUUGGAAAAGUCAGUAUCGCCCACGUCGCAUUUUAUUUCGGUGCAGAAACCCAAGACGAUGCGGAACUCGCGGAACUAUACCGGCAAUACAAUUUUGGUCGUUUUAUGCACCCAAUAUAUUCCAAGUCUGGAGGGUGGCCUGCAACCGUUGUAGAACUCAUGAAGAAUAUCAGCUCAGUCGAAGGGUUCCCGCGCUCUAGACUACCUCCGUUAACCAAACAUGAAGUUGAAUUCAUCAGAGGUGAGUUCCUAAUUUACCGUGUUUCAUCUCCAAAGGGCUCCGUAUUAAAUCGCUUUCACUUGGCCGGGCCGAUUCUACUUUGUAUUUACGAAGACGGAGCCAGAAUACACGGUUACACUUACUGGUCACUGAUGGACAACUUCGAAUGGCUUUACGGGUACACAUCAAAGUUUGGUCUUUACGACGUCGACUUCUCUGACGAGGGCCGGAAGCGCACUCCAAGACUCUCAGCCCAGUACUACUCAUACGUUAUCAAGAGCAGAUCGAUCGAUUCUAACAAGUGGAAGUCACAGAUGGAAGAUACAAACGACAACAAAAAACCUAUUGAUGAUGUCGCAUAAAAUAUUAUUGUUAAAUAAAUAUUUGUAAUAUUUUAUUAUUAUUAAAAUAAUAGACGAUUUGAUUCGUUCAAGUACAACAUAUUUAGAUUUAGUAACUCAAAACCACUCAUGUUGCACGUAGGGAUACCAGCAAUUUGGAACGCCUUGUGGUGACCGGUAAAAUAGAGGGGAAAAGGGGUAGAGGUCGGACCAAAUAGCGGAGGAACUGGGGAUACCUGUCAGCGACGCACGCCACCGGACUGCAGGGCGGGAUCGAUGGAGACAGCUGGUUGACGAAAUCAGCAGUGAGGGACCGAUCGAAGAGAGAACUCAAAACCAGUCAACAGAAAACACAUCCGGCGCAACAAUAUUCUUUGACGAGAAACAUUUCAAAGUACAACUUGUUUAAUGUAGGGUUAUUAUUGUCAAAAUUGAAAUUUGUUGUUCAUUUUUAGCGCAUAAUUUCCAAAAUUGUGUAUUACUGUUUUCCGGAGUUAUUAUCGUUAUAAAUAAACUAUUUCUUUAUC